GCCUUACGCAGCACAGUGUCAUAGUGUACCUAAUUACGGUACAUGUAUGCAUGCAUGUACCAAAGUACCGAAUCUGGUUCCUCAAAUUAUCGGAUCGUCGUCAAAGUCUCGAUCGUCAACUGUCAAACCACAAAAAAAUCCGUUGCCAGAGUUGAAAUCAUUUGAUCAACUUACAAGACCUCGCCCCCUUUUUACCAGAUCUACAUCGUCAUCAGCUCCAUAGCGGCCGGAUAUCGUUACCAUUAAGAUCAAAACUGCACUGUUCCUGAAUUCGGGAACGUUUGCCCGGAGCGUCAGUUUGGUUAGUAGAGGCAUGAUUCGUGCGGUCAUUGACCUCCCGUAGGAUGGAUCGGUAGCCCAUUGCGUUAUCUGCCGCUUUCAUUCACGCACCUCCUAAUAUACCUCGUUAAAGUAAUACCCCUCGCGGGUAAAGUACCUAAGCUUAGCAGAGUACGAUGCGGCCUACAUACCCGCAUAACCUCGUUAUGAGGGGAAGUCUGGUGCGUAACUCCAGAAUAAAGGGGAAUGGCUUCAAAUGGAUUGAUGGCGGUUGCAGAAGAUUUGCUACGGCUAAACAGCCACCGCCGCCACCACCAGGGCAGCAACGAGCAACUCCAAAGCCGCUGCCCUAUCAGCCUGCCAAGCCAAAGCCGAAAGUAGCAUCGGAAUCCGCUCCUAAGUCUGUGCCUAGACCUACGCUUCAUUCUUCAUCUUCUUCCUCUUCGAGUGGAUAUGAAGACAAGAGGAGACCAAUCUCGGAGCUAAUACGUGACCACUGGUUCCCUCUCUUUGGCGCCGGCGCCGCGGUGGUGUGUAUAAGCUUCUUCACGUCGUCGUUGGUAUUCUACUGGAGAACGCAACCGGCCGAGCACUGGACGCCGGGGCAAGAACCCGAGAUGCCCACGGGCCGGCCGACCAUCCAAUCGCCUCGGGAGUUCGACCAGCACCUCGACAAGUCCGAGUGGCGCUUCGGCAUCACCAAGCUCCGACGGCACAUCGGCUCCGAGCUGGCCCGCGGGCACGUGCUCGAGGUCGCCGUGGGCGCCGGCCGCAAUUUCGACUACUAUGAUUGGAGCGCGGUGACUGCGGGCUUGAAACCCGCUGAGCAGAACAAGGAGAAAUCCAGUUGGUUUGGUUGGUCUGGAAAAGGAGGUGGUGAUGGGAAGAAGGAGAAGAAGACCGUAUCUGAACCCCAAAACGAGAACGCCAUACGUAGCUUUACAGGCUUGGAUAUUUCACCUCCCAUGCUGGACCUUGCAUUGACGCGGAUCCGGCAAGUCGUACCGUUCAUGGUAGAGCAAAUCCCCAAGAAACCGAUAUUUUCCAGACUGGCCUCUAAGACGGCAGACGGCAGCGAGGAAGGCAUCUCGCUCGCCAACAACCGCAUCCGCCUCCUCAAAGCCGACGCACAGAUAGCUCUUCCCCCUCCCCCUCCUCCUCCUCCCUCCUCAUCCUCCAACCAACAACCCAACCCCAACCCCGAAAAAUACGACACUGUAAUCCAAACGUUCGGGCUCUGCAGCGUGCGUGACCCAAUCCUCCUCCUCUCCCGCAUGGCCGCGGCCGUGAAGCCCGAAACGGGGCGCAUCGUGCUGCUGGAGCACGGCCGCAGCUGGUACGAGCUGGUGAACGGGCUGCUGGACCGCAGCGCGCGCCAGCACUUCGCGCGCUUCGGCUGCUGGUGGAACCGCGACGUCGAGCUCGUCGUGCGCGCCGCCGAGCGCGCCGUCCCCGGCCUCGAGGUCGUCCGCCUCGAGCGCCCCGGCUGGAUCACCCUCGGUACCCACGUCCUCGUCGAGAUGCGCGUUCGCGAGAUCCACGACAGCAACAACAACAAUUUCGCACAUGCUCCCGAUGCGACUGGCACUACUACUGCCACCUCCUUGGACGCCGACGACGCGGACCGCGACGACGCGAAGACUGCUACGAGUUGGUGGUCCUCGGUCGUUUCUAUCAAUAGCAAGCCUAAGAAGGACUGAUUUAAAAAUUAAAAAAAACCGCUCUGAAACGUGAGUGCGAGCGUUCUCCUGCGUUGUACUGACUACCUGGAUGCUGCAUGUUGAUUAUAGAUGAUGAUGAGAUGUAACCUUUGGCAUAACACUAUAAUAGGUGUUAAUUACCUACCUGCCUUGUAUAUACUUUGCAUCUACUUAGCCAUUGCGGUAUUGUAAUUUGUACAAUACCUAUAACACUGCACUUGAAUAUCAUUAGGUAUCACUCACCCACGCAUUUACAUCAAAUUCAAUAAAA